AUGAAGUUCACUGUCAUCUCCCUCCUCGCCGUCACCUUGCUCUCCGUGGGUCCUGCAGGCGCGAUUCCCGUCGACAGCAUGCAAGACCCUACCACUACCGAGGCGAUGUAUCGGACCGACGAUGCCAUGCCGGCAGCUGCCGGUGCAACCCUGAUGUCCCACAACCUGGGUCAUAACUGUACCGAUGGCCAUGCCCAUGGACAUGGAGAAAACGAAGAUGUCGAUCCAGCCACCGCCACUACCGCUCCAGGCAGUGACGAUGAGGUGACAGCGUGGGUCAAGAGAUCUCCGCCCGCAGGUUCGGGUGGUACUUCAGCAAGGGUCUCUUCCCCCGGUAAUCAGUUCAGUUCCAUGUCACCCCAACCGGGUACCGACCACGGGGACGCUGAUGACGAUCUAACUUGGAUCCAUGGCGUAAGUGUCCACUCUGCAGAAUAG